AUGUGUGCGCUUUCUACAGACUACAGCCUCGAGGGGAGGUCAGUUUUGGGAAAGGUUGUCAGGGUCAUUGACGGAGACUCUUGCAAGGUUUCCAUUGCCGUAGAUGGUCACGCAUGGACAUUUCCAGUGCGCAUAUUCGAUAUCGACUCCCCGGAAGUCCGCACGAGCAACGAAAAGGAAAAAGCUCUCGGGUUGAAGGCAAAGGCCCGUGUCGAAGAGUUGGUGCUGGGCAAGAUCGUCGCACUGAAACUGGGAAAAUUUGACAAGUUCGGAAGGCUCCUCGGAAGUAUUGAAACAAGUGAUGGAGUCAAUGUAGGAGAUGACCUAAUAUCCAGAGGAUUGGCCGUCAAGUAUGGGGGGAAGAGGCACGCUUGGUUUUGUUGA